AUGCAGCUCUGGCACAUCGUCCCCUUUGCACUUCUCGCCCAGGGCAAGCCUCAGGCACCGGCUCAAAAUUCGUCUGCAGCAGCUCCGUCUGCUCCCCCAGACGCGCCGCCAGUGCCGCCCGCACCACCGGCAACGUCUUCUCCAUCGUCCAGCCCGGCACCUGUGCCCAAGGGCCCCAUCUGCGAAUGCGGCUACACCUACUGCUCUUCCGUCUUGAAGGCGAUGAAAACGCCGUGGAAUGACAAACAGCUCUCCGAGGCGUACUGUAGCACCCCGAAUGCGAGCUGCCCCAACGGCAAGCCCGCCACCGACGUGAACAAUGCCGUGUACAUCUGCCUCUGCAAGGAAGCGGACCAAAAGGUCGGCACUGACCUGGAUCUCAUGUGCGGCUGCGACAAGUGCCUCAACGUCGGGCCGGAUUUUAGAGGCCGAUGCGAGACGCCAUGCUAUGGCCACAAGUAG